AUGGAGAAGUGGAUGACCAUCAGGAAAGGAGCACUCCGUAGAACACCGCCUAAAGGAUCAGGCAGUGAACUAGAGAGAGGGGAAAAAUACUACACCCCUAGAGGAAAACAAAGACAAAGGGGAUCAUCAACAUCUAGGAAAUGGGAAGAUGAAGAAUUGGGUUCUAGUGAGAUAUACGAGCUGACAAAGAAUGAGGAAAGAACCCCUACCGGAAAAGAGGAGAGGCAAAUUGCAAAAAGGAAAAGGACAAGUGAAGAGACAACACCAAGAGAGGGCACAAGGUCAAAACGAGAAAUGAGGGAAGAAGAGCUGAGGAUUCACACAAUGAUGGAAAAGAUAAUAUACAUCACGGGAAUUAAACUGACGACGACCGAAGAGGACAUUAAAAAUGGGAUAAGGGACGUAGUAGGGAUAGAGAAGGAGGACGUUCAAAUAAAGUCAAUUAAGGAGGGCAAAUACAAGGAGAAAACUGCAGUAGUGGAACUACCGAAACAAGCAGCAAAGGCACUGAUACAGGAGGGCACUAUCAAAAUGGGAUGGUCUUUUACUAAGUCCGCCAUGAUAAGCUUCAGCGAUGCUACUUUGAUUAUCUUCAAAACAAAUCCAAGGACGUUCAAUCACAACGCCAAGAUCCUGCAAAAGUCGCUCGAUCCAAAUGGAUUCUCUUAA